CAUGAUACAGUCAACUUUGUAUCUCUAUCCAUUCAAGUUCCUCCCGAAACUCCGUCCCUAAGUACAGAGCGGGAAUUCGUUGAAGGAGCUACAAUCCAGGUCACGUGUCGUGUCGUUACGGGUCGUCCAGGUCAAGGGUCAGUACAUUGGAUGUAUUACGACAACGGGGUCGAUAUAACGUCACUGGUUGAACCUCAAGUCUCCAGCAUAUUGUUACAACCAAGCGAUACGUGUACAGAAUCCUGGGAAACUACGAUAAGUCUAGUGGCCAACAGAACCUUCCAGAAGCUAAGCCUGGCCUGCUAUGUAGUGAACGAACAAUUCCCAGCAGGACAAGCUGGAUGCUCCAGUGCUAACUUUUGUAGUCAGCUGGAUAUUUCGAUACUGUAUGGAGUGAGUAGCAUUACAGCCAACAGUGUUCCCCAUUUGGUAACUGAUGAAGGCAGCACAGUGACGCUCUCGUGUUAUGCUGACGGUAAUCCUAAACCCAGCUACACCUGGACUAAAGCAGACGACGCCGACAGAAGGCUAAACGUCAUUCAAGAUGGCGACGGCUCUAAAGUUGUUCUGGCCAACUUAAAUCUUCAACAGGAUAAUGGCACGUAUAAGUAA